CGGCUCGACCAAUCGCGAGCCGGGAUCCCUCGGACGAGUCUGUUUUGAAAAAGCUUCCAGUGUCGAGGCGGCGGCGCGAGCUUCACCCGGCCUGGUUUCGUGCUACAGUCUCUAAGUAAGCUUAAUUCAUAACAAUCUAGAAAACACAAUAUGGAGAGGCACCAAGAAGAAGAGAUUAUGAAAGAACUAAGAAAUACCACAGAGCAACUCCAUGGGCUCUGGAAGGAAAUUGGGUUUGAUGAAGCUGCCUGCAGUGAGCGGAGAGAGAUGAUCACAGCACACGUUAAGGAUCUUCUGAAGACAAUGUGGGAACAAGAAAAUAAGUUAAAGAAAAAGCUUUUAUCAAGCAUAGAAGAUAAUGGCCAAGAAUUUUAUCAGCUCAAUAAGGAAUUAGGCACCACAUUACCUGAUCCUGAAGAAAACUUGAGUUUGCUGGAGCUUGAGCGUUACCUUCGCCAUAGUGUUGAGAAAUUACAAGACGAGGUUAAAAAGAGACGUCUAAGAAUCCGGGAAUUGAGACAAGCAGAACAGGAACUGUGUGAACGCUUAAUUGAAGAGCCAUCAAAUGUGGUGAAUAAGCCAAUACCAACUCUAGAUGAUAUGGAAGACCUGGAGAGAAGGAUUCGUACACUUGAACAGGAAAAGAUUAACCGAGAAAAGACCUUCCAGCACCUGAAGUCGAACAUUGCAAGACUGAUGGAGGAAUUGGAACAAAAGGCCAACACAACGUUUGAACGAGAUAUUCUUUCUGAGGUGGAAGGCCUCUUUACACUGUCCCAGCAGAACUUGAAGCAAAUGAAGCAUCUGAAUGAGGAGUAUGAACAAAGGGUUAAAGACAACAAAACCGAAAGCCUUGAGUUACAUGAGCGCAUUCGGCUGCUCUCUGACAGGCUUGGGUUGGAUCCAAGUGAAAGAGACCAGUUCCUUGCAACAGCUGAUGGUCACACACCAUCUGUCUUGGUGAAGCUUCGAUCUGAAUUGUCACGUUUGCAAGAGCUCAAGCAACAGAAUAUGGCACGAUUCAUAAAUCAGCUGAGAAGGGAGCUUGAGACAUGGUGGGAGAAGUGCUACAUAACUGAUGAAGAAAAGAAUGCAUUUUCACCAUAUCUCUCUGAAAUCUAUACAGAGGAAAUCUUGGAAGCCCAUGAUGCAGAGGUUCAGCGGCUGCAAGAAUAUUAUACAGAAAAUGAAAAGCUCUUCCUUAAAGUCAAGCAGAGGCAGGAGGUCUGGAACAAGCUGAUGGAACUAGAAGAGAAAGCUAAUGAUCCUAACAGAUUGUUUGGCAACCGUGGAUGUUCACUGUUGCAAGAAGAAAAGGAGCGAAAAAGAGUCAGAAAUGAAUUGCCUCGGAUAGAAAAAGAACUUGAGGAUUUGGUGUUGCAGUGGGAAGUAGAAAAAGGAAAGCCAUUCCUUCUUGGAGAUCAAAGUGUAUCAGAGUAUAUUCAAAAUCAGUGGGAGAAGUAUAAGAAUCAAAAGGAGCAAGAAAAGAAAGACAGACAAAAUGCCCGUGCAAAGCAAUUGAACAUAGAGAGUCGCAUGGGAACUAGACCGCCAACAGUUAAGAGACGAAUUGCCCGUAAUGAUACCUUAAGAACCUCCAAAAUACGAAGAAUUGGAGAGGAAUCCCCAGGGCAGUCCACCACACUUACUCCAACUAAUGCAACACGUAGGACAGUGCUGAGGGAGCAGAACCAAAACACCUUGAAAAAUACAACUGUACAGAAGUUUGCAAAGAAGGAUGGCACACUAUCAUCCAAUGAUAUUUCAACAUACUCCCACUUUUCUUCUGUAUUGCAAAGCGAGCCAGGUUUAACCAGCACUAUCUCGAGCAGGGACCUCAGGAAUAAUACAUCCUCUCGAGUCUGCAAACUCCGAUAAUAUUCACAUUUGGAUGGAAUUCAGCGCCGCAGUGACGUGAAAAUAUACGAAGCUCUACUGUCCAUGGGGCUAACAAGACUCCACUCUUGGUGUGUCGUCCUUCACCACGCCGACCCCCUCCAGGCUUG